GCCCAGCUGCAGACCCAGCGCAGAAGGAGCAGCACAUGGAAAGAUGGCAGCUGAAGGCUCUGGUGCACAGGACCCUGCCCUAGGCUGUGGAGAGCCCCCCACCACGAAGAACUCCGGAUCAGCCACCAGUACGCCAGGAGAGAUGGACAAGCCGCUGAUCAGCCGUCGCCUGGUGGACAGUGAUGGCAGCCUGGCCGAGGCUGCCAGUGGGGCCCCCAAAGUGGGCAUCCUGGGCACUGGGGACUUUGCCCGGUCCCUGGCCACACGCCUGGUGCGCUCUGGUUUCAGCGUGGUGGUGGGAAGCCGCAACCCCAAACGCACGGCUGGGCUGUUCCCCUCGGCAGCACAAGUGGUGUUCCAGGCGGAGGCGGUCGAGUCCUCUGAGGUCAUCUUCGUGGCCGUGUUCCGGGAGCACUACUCCUCGCUGUGUGGGCUCAGCGGCCAGCUGGCCGGCAAGAUCCUGGUGGACGUGAGCAACCCCACCGAGCAGGAGCACCUGCAGCUCCGCGAGUCCAACGCCGAGUACCUGGCCGCCCUCUUCCCCACCUGCACGGUGGUCAAGGCCUUCAAUGUCAUCUCUGCCUGGACCUUGCAGGCUGGCCCACGGGAUGGGAACAGGCAGGUGCCCAUCUGCAGCGACCAGCCAGAAGCCAAGCGCGUCGUCUCGGAGCUGGCGCACGCCAUGGGCUUCACGCCCGUGGACGUGGGGUCCCUGGCCGCGGCCUGGGAGGUGGAGGCCCGGCCGCUGCACCUCUUCCCCAGCUGGAAGGUGCCGGUCCUCCUGGCGCUGGGGCUCUUCGUCUUCUUCUACGCCUACAACCUCACCCGGGACGUGCUGCAGCCCUACGUGCGGGAGGGCAAGAGCAAGUUCUACAAGCUGCCCCUGUCCGUGGUCAACACGUCGCUGCCCUGCGUGGCCUACGUGCUGCUGUCUCUGGUCUACCUGCCCGGCGUCCUGGCGGCCGCCCUGCAGCUGUGGCGCGGCACCAAGUACAGCCGCUUCCCUGACUGGCUGGACCACUGGCUGCAGCACCGCAAGCAGAUCGGGCUGCUCAGCUUCUUCUGCGCCGCCCUGCACGCCCUCUACAGCAUGUGUCUGCCCUUGCGCAUCUCCUACCGCUACGACCUCGUCAACCUCGCCCUCAAGCAGGUCCUGACCAACAAGAGUCACCUCUGGGUUGAAGAGAAUGUCUGGCGGAUGGAGAUCUACCUCUCCCUGGGAGUGCUGGCCCUCGGCACGUUGUCCCUGCUGGCUGUCACCUCCCUGCCGUCCAUUGCAAACUCGCUCAACUGGAGGGAGUUCAGCUUCGUUCAGUCCUCUCUGGGUUUCGUGGCCCUGGUGCUGAGCACCCUGCACACGCUCACCUAUGGCUGGACCCGCGCCUUCGAGGAAAGCCGCUACAAGUUCUACCUGCCUCCCACCUUCACGCUCACCCUGCUGGUGCCCUGCCUCGUCAUCCUGGCCAAGGCCCUGUUCCUCCUGCCCUGUGUAAGCCGCAGACUCACCAGGAUCCGGAGGGGCUGGGAGAAGGACAGCGCCGUCAAGUUCACGCUGCCCGUGGACCACGCCCUGGGCCAGAAGACCAGCCACUUGUGAGGACGCGCAGCUGGCUCCGGGAGCCAGCCCGGCGCCUGUCGGGGCUGCUUUCCUGGUGUGGUUGGUGUAACUGCACUCGUUGGUGGUUUGAGGCCCGAACUCCUGGGACGCAAAUGUAUUCAGUAAUAUUCAGAAUGACACACGUGUGUGUGUGACACGUAGGUUCAUAUAUAUUUCAUAUAUAUAACAGGAUUUACAAUUAUACUUCCUAGCUAAAAUGUCCAGUCCCUGAGAUACCAACCUGCAGAUCUAAAAGCCAGUGACAGGUGUUAGGAGGACAGCGGCUCCACUGGCGUCUGCAGAGAUGCGCACACACUGUCAGUCCAGGAGAGGCCAUGGCGUGCUUGUCUUUGGUGGAGUCAGCCCAGUUGUGCCUCGCACCCCCCCCCCCUUUGCUGCUUUCCCACAGCAUUUGCAGACCUGGGCUCCAAGGUGGCAGGGCAGACCGGGCUGCGGGGGUGGGGAGAUCCUGGUGUCUGUGCCAUGGGAACCCAUUGAGGCCCUUCCUUUGCCAGGAGGGGAAGGGGAAGGGGAGGGAGGUUGAGCUGAAUGGCUCCCCCAUAUCUGCCCUGAGCUGGGAGGUUUUCCCGCAAAGCCAGGCAUCACCCUGCGCUGCAGGUGGGUCCUCCUAUGGUUGGGGGAAGGCACCUCCCUCCUGGCGGCACUGAUCAGCCACAUCUUGAGAACAAGUGGAAUGUUUUUCCUCCUGUAAGCUGGUGAUGACCGGUCCUUGGACCACGGUGCCUUCUCCCUUUAGGUCAUCAGUAUGAGUGUCUGCUGGGAGCCUGGAGCAGGCCCCACCAUGUCCGUGCACAGGGAGGUGGCCCAGGCUUGCUCAGCGAGGCAGCCUCUCUCAGGACCUACCCCCCCCCCUCCCCUGGGUAUGUAAUGUCUUCAUUUAAUUGGUCUUGGAAACACAGGGGUCUCUUCCUAUGCCCUCUGCUGCCCCGGGGCACAGAGCCUACCUCUGAGCACCCAGAAAAUUCCAAGUUCUCUUAAAGGAGGGGUACAUUCAAAACAGCUUGGGCGUUUUUUUCCACCAAAGCUGCAAACUUGAAAUUUGCUGCCACACAGCAUAGGAGGCUGGACCACAGCCAGGGCCACAGGACAUGUGCCCUUGAGUCAUAUGCCAUCCCUGCCUGAUUCACCCUGAAACUGUUUACUUCCCCUGUGAACACAGUUCUCCCCUGACCCCCCUCAGCUCCUGGCAGAGCCAAGGCGUCUGUCAUUUCCACACAAAGCCCCGGGGCACAGAGGGUGGGAGCUCCUGUCGGAGACCUCGACAAGGUGCACUGCACUCUGCUUUGAUCGGGCAAUGGGGUCAUGCCCACAUUUCUUAGGUCUCCGGGCCAGAGGGCAUCUCAGGAUGGAAGAGUCCGGGUACAAAGGCUGAGCAGGCAGCGCUGCAGGGAGAGGGCACCCUGCCUCUCCGGGGAGGCUCCGUGACCUCAUCAGGGUCCGUUAGCGAAAAGGGGGAAAAGCCAAGUGCAAGACAUCUCAUCAGGCCGGUGACUAGGAGAGAGGAGAACAGAGCCAGCAAAGCUGCCGCUUCCUGCAGAUGCUGCCACCUGCAGCUCCUUGCAUCCUAGCUAACGGGCCCAGUGGGAGCGGCCUCCGUGGCCCUCGGAGGUCUCUGCUAGUAGGCGGGUGAAGCUGCGGUUUCAGCACUUGCCGGGCAGCAUGAGGGCCCAUGCUUCCUACUGACAGGCAGCAGGGAGAACAUGGCCGCUGCAGCCCACCAGCCGCCAGCCCCGGUGGGUAUUGGCUGCCUGCCUUCUCCUCCCUGGGCCUGGGCACUGGUCCUUGUACCAAAGAUGCCGACACAGCCAAGCCCUGUGCUCGGCCUCCCUUCCCGCCAUCCCCUGCAGGUGCUCAGGAGGGAGAGGAUGGCCCCGUGGGUGGUGGGAGGCACAGGCCCCACAGAGGACCUCCCCUCUCACCAGCUGGAUGAGCAGCUCAUAAAAGGCAGGUGGCUGCGGGCUUGGGCGUGGCCUUGACCUUGUGUCUGCUGCUCUUCCCUACCUCACCAAGCAGCUGGCAACAGCAUCCCCAAGAGAGCGAGCCUCUCUCGGAGCCCGGGAAGGUCUGUUUGCCGCUGGGUGCACAAGUGCCUGAAGCGGCGAGCUGGGGGAAUCCUGACUGCCAUGUCAGAGGUUAUGUUUAAAAUGGAUGCGUUGAAAGUCAUUUUUACCUGUAGAGCUUUACCUGAAGCAGAGAAAAAUAAACAUCUACCCUCUGAA